AUGGAACAAGCCAACUAUGCGACACAGACGCUAAAGGACACAAAAAUGACUGUAGACGCUAUGAAAAUGGGCGUCAAAGAAAUGAAAAAAGAAUACAAGAAAGUGAAUCUAGACCAGAUAGAAGAUCUCCAGGACGAAAUGGAGGACAUGCUAGAACAAGCCAAUGAAGUACAAGAGACGUUAGGAAGGAGUUAUGGCAUGCCUGAAUUAGAUGAAGAUGAAUUGGAAGCAGUCGUGGUUAUAAUAGCAUCCAAAAAAAUAAACUUAUUAAUCAAAAUCACUUUGCUCGAUCGAUUCCCGCUGUAUGAUAAGACGUAUGAACAACAAAGGGACAGUCUUAUGCAGCAAUCAUUUAAUAUGGAACAAGCCAACUACGCGACACAGACACUAAAGGACACAAAAAUGACAGUAGACGCUAUGAAAAUGGGUGUCAAAGAAAUGAAAAAAGAAUACAAGAAAGUCAAUCUAGACCAGAUAGAAGAUCUCCAAGAUGACAUGGAAGACAUGUUAGAACAAGCCAAUGAAGUACAAGAGACAUUAGGAAGGAGUUAUGGCAUGCCUGAAUUAGAUGAAGAUGAGUUGGAAGCAGAACUUGAUGCCCUCGGUGACGAGAUUUUAAUGGACGAUGAUACCUCGUAUCUGGAUGAAGCUGCGAGUGCUCCGUCGGCUCCAAACGCAAUUCCAGGUGCAGACAGUGUAGCAACCAAUAAG